AUGAGCUCCUCCCUCGAGGCCAAGAUAGUCGUCUUGGGUUCCCAAGGCGUAGGAAAAACCUCCCUCGUCCACCGCUACGUCCAAAACACCUUCUCUCCCACAACCACAACCCCCACGCUGGGCGCCUCCUUCAUAACCCAACGCAUCCUCGACCGCACCUCCGACACAAUCGUCCGCCUCCAAAUCUGGGAUACAGCAGGCCAGGAGCGCUUCCGGAGUAUUUCCCGACUAUACUACCGCGGCGCGCACGCUUGUUUGCUGUGCUAUGAUAUCACCGACGAGAAAAGCUUCGAGGAAAUGGCGGGGUGGUUGAAGGAAUUGAAGGAUAACCUUACCGUGGGUGAUGAUGGGGAGGGGAUUGUGAUACAUGUUGUGGGAACGAAGUCGGAUGUUGUCGCAUUAGACCCUUCAAGGCGACGGGUGCCGUUUGAGCGCACGAUCGCGUAUGUCGCUGAGCAGUUGUAUCCCACACAGGCGUCUACCCUGCCGGCUACUGCUUCUGCUACGCCUACGACGUCGACGACGAGUUUCAUGCAUCGCUCCAGCAGUACGUUAUUCCUGCAGAGCGCCGAUAGCAAACGGAGUAGUGGAUUCUGGGGGCAGGAUAUCGGAUGGGACUGCUGUCACGAGAUCAGUGCGAAAGAUGGCGAGGGCAUCGAGGAGGUGUUUCGGGUGAUUGCGCGGAAGUUGGUCGAGCAGAGGCAUCGGCGGGAGAUUGUACGGUCGUCGGGGCCCUUGGCGAUGUCUCUUUCCAGUGGUGGUGCGUCUUCGUCGAGGGGGCUUGGGGUUGAUGGGAAUGGGGCUUUUCGGUUGGGGCCUGCUGGGCCGGGCGGUGCUGGCGGUGAUGCGAAGAGGAGGAGUUGGUUGGGGAUUUCGUCGAGUAGCGUUACAUUGGAUGCGUACGGGGAGGAGCAGUUGGAGGGGAGGAAGAAAGGGAAGUGCUGCUAA